AUGCCUAUUAUACCUGAGGACGUAUCAUUAUUUAAAAGGGAUACAAAAGAUAACGUAGUUAACUAUUUAACUCCAACGAAAGAUGAAAAGAUAACUUUAAUAAUUAUCGGUGUUUAUAUAUUUGUAAUUUUAAUUCUUUGGAGGAUGCCUUUUUUAAAACAUAUUUUAUAUCCAUUUAAGUUAUUGACAGUUUCAUUUCAUGAGUUAUCACAUGCAGCAGCAGGUAAAUGUACUGGGGCUAAAAUUGAAGGAAUAGAAGUUGACCCAGAUGAAGGAGGAGUUACAAGAAUGAGAGGUGGAAUUCAAUGUUGCACUUUACCAGCUGGUUACCUCGGAUCUUCAAUGAUAGGGGCUUUACUCAUUUUCUGUGGAUUUCAAGUGAAUGCUUCGAAAUAUGCAUCAAUCGUUCUUGGUUUAAUGUUGUUGGCCCUUUUGUAUUGGGCCAAGAAUUGGUUAACUAGAAUUCUUACAGUUAUAUUUGUUGGAAUUAUUGUGGGAUUAUGGUUUAUUAAAGGUGGAGCAGGAUUAAAAUAUUUUGUAUUAUUUGUUGGUGUGAUGUCAUGCCUUUACUCGGUUUGGGAUAUAUUGGAAGAUUUAGUAUUUAAAAAGGUCAACGAAUCUGACGCGAGCAAAUUUGCAAAAUUAACUCGUUGUUGUCCCGCACAAUUUUGGGGUGUGAUAUGGUUCAUUAUAAGUUUUAUAUUUUUGUUGGCUGGUGUAUUUUUCGGUCUACUUGCCUUCCAUAAUGAAAGUGAAUCCUCGUCAUAA